GGUGCCGUGUACACGUGCCUAGCUAGAUAACAGAAUUAGAACUGUGAGGUAAGGAGAGACAAUGUCUGUUUCGUCGUCAAUUUCUUCGUCAAUUUCUUCGUCCUUGGGUCAAGUUGGUCGUUCUCAGAUAGAGGGCAUUGUAGAGGCUCUAGUCGACUCAGCUGCGGACAAGUCAGAGGCAACAAGACAGGCUGUUGUAAAAGCUCUGGUGGGCGUUGGCCGAAAAAAACAUGCCAAAGUUUUAGGAAUAUGUCAUUCGUAUCUCAAGAAACACAGCAAACUUCCCCGCAGCCAUCGUAUAGUCCUGCUACAGCUCUUAGAGAAAGUGUGCAAGGAACACAUCCACAGUCUUGAGGAGCCCCUGGCUAACGAUAUCAUUGAACUUGCAUCUACUGAACUGACCAAAGAUCCAGAUGUGGUUCCUGAAUGGCAGGGUGCAGCGGCGGCGCUGCUGACCACCCUGGGCAUCAGCCAUGCCCCAGCUGUACUACAGGAGCUCCUCAAGAGGUUUCAACCUGGAACCACUCCCCACUACUUUGUAGUCAAGACUACCGGAGACCUGGCUAUGGCCAAUGUGGUGGAGGUUGUGCCUCAACUCAAUGCUGUACUUUCCAGAAUGAUCACUCAGCUAGGAGCAAUCAAACAUGAGAACAUGCAGUGGGUGUUCUCCUACGCAUUGGCAAGGUUUAGUGAAGCCAUUCUGGACUAUAUGGCUGAUGAACAGCGAGCUAGCUCAGGUCAAGUGACCUUCUCACAGUUUGAAGGCCACAUCUUCUCCUCAUUUGACCAACUCUUCAAUGUGUGGCUUAUGUCCAAAGAGUCUCGGUUGCGUAUGGCAGUGGCAGAGGCCCUAGGGUUAUGGUGCACCUCCUCUCUGCCACUGCCCUCAACGACCAACUCCCCAAACUUCUUCCUGGGAUCAUGCAACUCUACAAGAAACACUCAGAGCACUACUACAUCUCACAGUGCCUGUGUAUGGUAGUAGAUGCAGCGGGGAAAAAAUCGUGCACUAAUCUCGAGCUACAGCUGAACAAUCUCCUAACAAUUCUCUUCCAACACGCAUGUGUACCUGUGGACUCAACCAGCUCAACUUCUAUCAAGAAUCACAAUGAGAUACUUAGAUGCUUUGCUGUGACAGGCCUGAUAUACUCGAACCAUGCUGUGGGGUUUCUGCUACAGAAGUUGGAGGUGGCACAGGAGAAAGUCAGAGUACCCACACUGGAGAUACUGAAGCACAUCAUCAACUCCUGUGGGUUUCCAUCUUCUUCUACAGAUGAAGUGAUGGCAGUCAAGAAAUCUCUUGUUGUCAGUGGGCUUAAGAUUGUGCUCAAUGAGCAGAGUCUAAGAGUUCGCCGUAUCCUGUGUCAAGUGAUAAUUGCAAUGGCCCACCAUGACUACCUGUCCUUGGAGGGUGGUCAACUGAUGGUGGAGUUUGUUGUGAGGCAGUGCUCUCUGAACACCGAAGACAAGACCCUACAGAAGCUGAAUACUACUGAGGUUACUAUCAAAGGACUACGUGACAUGAGUGACAAUGUUCUACUACUUGUCACUACAACCAUCGAGCACAUGAAGGAGGUUCUGUGGCCUUAUUUGCUGGAGUUCGUAGUUCCAGUGCAGUACACAGGGGCAGUGGGCAUUGUUUCCAGAUGUAUUGCUGACAUUGGGAAAGGGAAGAGGGAAGAGGAGGCUGAUGACUAUGAUCUGAACUUCGAUGAACUGGCAAACAUACCUCGGCAACCUGAACUGAUUGCAAGACUGAUUGUGUUGGCAGGCCAUCCACACAAUGGGCAGGGACGUGGGGAGCACAUUCUCCACUGCAUGACAGCUCUGGUACCUAACCUUCAUGAAGACCUUGUUGACCUGUGGGAUGCAGUGAUACCCAAGCUACUCUCAUACCUCAAUGAACAAAGUGAGAAAGGAACCUGGGAUCAGAAACACUGGGAAGAUCUUAUGCUAAAGUUUGUGUCUCGCUCACUGGAUGAUGUCAAGAACGAGGAGUGGCUGAUUGAGGUGGGCUCAGCCAUGGGGGAAAAGGAACUGGUUUUGGAAAGAUAUAUGAACUACCCUGAAGAGAAGGGUUUCCUCUUCAAGUGUCUGGGAGUCAUAAUGAGGAAGGUGUCUCAACGGCAAUUCAUACAGAAGAUGCUGGACUCCAUGUUUUCCACUAUUAAGCACUCCAAUCAAGCAGAGAGAGAGGGUUGUGCUAUUGGUGUAGGCUUCUGUGCAGCAUCUCACUUGGACCUUGCUGUGAGCAAACUAGAGCAGGUCAUAAAAGAAGAAAUGGUUCGAAAAUCAAAGGGCUUCUUCGGAUUCUCAAAGAAGCUGAAGCUUAAAUGUACAGUAAUGAGACAACUACUCUGUGGGCAUGAAUACAGAUACUUCUUGUUCAUGCUUGACUUCAUCAAUCAACAUGGUCACAGGACACAGCAGAUUUGUAUCUAUCUUUUGUUGUGUCUGUGUGUGACUACUCAUUUUCAAAUCCUUGCAGACAAAUCAGAGGCAGACGUCGAGAGGAUCAAGGCAACAGUACUUCUCUGUUACGGCUAUGUGACAUUUCACUCACCUCCCAACCUGAUCACAUCGAGAAUUGAAGUUAACAUUCUCAGAAGCAUCAACCCACACUUCAAUAAAAUCAGGGACACUGUUGUAAAACAGAAUCUCAUUCGAACGAUUGAUCUGAUCGGCCGAGCUUUGCACCCAGAUCACCUCAAGAAAGACGACUUUAUCUUCUCUAAACGAGGAGACCUUCUCAACCAUCUGUUGGACUACAUUCAUGGAGAGCCAGUUGCAGUAACAAUCACCACAGAGACCAGAGCGCUUGCUAUAAAUGCUCUCACCACACUUGUGAAACUGGACCCACAGCUGAGUGAAGCAGAACAGUUUGAUGUUAUCAAAGCAGCUACUGACUCAGUGUUCCCACUUCUAGUCAUGACCUCUCCCUCAAAGAAGGAUAGCGUUACAGUUGAGGAGUCUACCCUUCUGCGGGAGGGAGCUCUGUCUUCUGUCACCUCCCUGCUCAUUGUAGUUCUCAGCAAACAGUUCUCAUCUGGCAAUCUGUACAGUAUCUUCAAGCACUUGUCUCCAUGGAUACAGUCUUCUGACGACCAGGAGAGAAACAGAGGUGUGCUGUGUUUCCUAGAACUCAUGAAAGCCUAUCAGCUGCAUUCUGACACUGAUGAAACCUCUCGGGAGCUGGAGAUACAGGGAGAGCUGUUGGGCAGAAUGGUUCCUCGCUGCACUGACCCAUCCCUUGACACGAGACUAGCUGCCAUUGACUGUGUCCAGAUGAUUCUACGUGUAUCAACCUGCGACCCUGGUGUUCCUGACCAAAUGGUUGAUGCAGUGACACUACUAAGGGAUAGAGCUGAGAGUGAUGAGGCUAAUAUACUUUAUUCAUUAGUGAAUGACCUUUCCAAGGUGUUCUGCAAGAAAGUAGCUGAUAGAAACCUCUGGUCUCUGAUGACCUUCUUAUUAGAAGGUCUGGUGGAUUCCCAGGCCCACAGCUCUAGCGCAGCCUGUGUUGUACUCAACAACAUAGUAAAACUCAGGGGAGGCUCUCUUGGUGAACAGAUUCCAGAUCUGGUGGAUGGUCUCCACGAGAAACUGGAUGGUAUAUAUACUCCACAGACACGCACAGGUACUUUGCGCUGUAUGCGUACAAUCUGCAGCCAGUACCUGGUGCCUACAAUUUCUCACCUCCUCGACAAACCACUUCCCUGGGACAAGAACCUAGUAGCAAUGUGGCACAUUUUAGCUGGAGAGGCCCACUUACUCAAGAGUGUGUUCUUAAAUCUCCUUGAGGUCCUAUCCCUCAGUUUGCCAUACCAGGAGAAGGCCAAGGGGCAGGGAAAAGUCACUAUCAUAGAGACUACUCUCCCUAAAGCUGCAAGUAAUGCAGUUGGUGUACUGUGCGAGACUGAAGAGGCCCAAGAGGUAGCAAAGGAGAUGUUUGCUCAGAUAUUCUCUUCUCUCAUACUCAGAAUAGGAGUCAGUGUUGUGAUUGAGAGCACCAAGAAGCCACUGUGUGUUAGUGUUGCAACUGACUCAUUGAAACAGUUUUUGAAAGCAACAGGCAGUGAAGUCAUUCUUGAUCGACUUGAGUCUAAUGGUGUCUGGCCACUAAUGGAGAAAGAGGACACCUGCCCACAUUCCAUGCUCCACCUUGCUAGGUUGCUCUCAAGCAGCUACCCAGAUGAAGUAGGAAAAACAGUGGAGUGCCUCAGUCCUAGCCUCACUAGUGUCUAUGAUGCUCACCGGACCACAGUUGUGUCCUUUUACUCUGAGUUGGUGUGCACAGUUGGGAAGGACCAUCUACCACUAGCAGAACAAAUCAUGAACAAUCUCCUGGGAAGGCAAGUCGACAGCAACUAUGUUGUGCGCAUGUACUGCAUUCGAGGACUUGGAAACAUGGCUGACAUUGGUGGUAGCCAGGUGUCUCAUUUCUCCACCACUAUCCUGAGUGCAAUGCUGGCUGGCAUGGAUGACAGAGAGGACCCUGAGGACCUCAUCACUAUGGAAGCCAUGUCAGGACUCUCUCGUAUCUUCUCUCAGAUUGAUGAGGGACAUGUUAGACCUAUCCUUAUCAACAUUGCUCUCAGAAUUCGACCAUGCUUUGAAAAGCCCACUCCAGCAGUCAGAGCAGCAGCAUUCACCCUCUUCGGCACUUUAUCUCGCUUUGGUAGUGGGCCAUCUGAGGGGCCAUUUUUUGAGCAGAUUCAGACCAACUUUGUCAGCCUACUAUUGCAUCUAAAUGAGAGCGAUCCAGUGGUGGUUGUGGCAUGUAAGGAAGCUCUGCAGAAGUUGGGACCACUUAUGAAGUCGGAGAACAUCAACACAAUGUUUCAAAGACACCUUGACCCUGCAGAAUCACUUUUCUAUCCUGAUUUUUUAAAUGAUCUAUGCAAACAUAUUGUAACAGAUUUCACAGAUAAAGUCAACUUCUACAUAAUGAAUGCUGUUACCUUUUUUAAAAGUAUGUGGUCACCGGUUAAAGCUAAUGCAGCCCUCUUAGUAGGUUAUAUAUUGGGAAACCUUCCAUUAGAGAAGUCGGGAAUGAUCUCAAAGGAACACGUGUGUGAAGCACUGACACUUCUCCUGAAGGACCCCUCACCAGAUGUUCGAGCUAGUACAGCAGAGGCAAUGAGCCUUCUUUAUGACUAUUAGUUAGAUUUAUAAUUUAACUUUAACUUAUCCAGUGUGUUAUACUUUUUGUGUUUUUAUUUAAAAUACAGAGACAAAAUAGACUGACACCCUUGGCUACCUGCCAUCUUAUAAGCUACAGUUGCUAAGUACCUUUGUCACAUAAAUGUGGGGACUAAGCUAGGAGCAGUAAUUUUUGUAUAAUUAUACAGCCAACUGCAUACAUAUCUCCUGGCAGUCAUCUCUUGCCUUAC